ACUUUUUUUAUUUAACAAGAUGUCGUCACGAAUUUUUACAUAGGUUAUUGUUCAAGGCAAUACUAUAUAGUAUAAUAUACUAUACAUGUUGUUCAGAUCAGACCGCUAUAGCAUAUAGCUGUCAUACAAACUGAUCGAUCAAAAUCAAGAUAAAGAUGUUUUUAUACAAUCUUAUGCUAUAAAAAGUGCAAGUCAAAUGUUUGUAAAAUAUGGUUGUGUGUUGGAGCUUCUCCGUAUGUUAAAUCGUUUGUUUUUUGUGUUAUUAAAUAAUACAUAUAUAAUUCCACGAACUACUCGCUUUCAUAACCAACUCACUUUAUAUAAAACUUUAAACAAUUUAAUAAAUUGCUUUAGUUUGAUUACUGAAUUGUUGGCUUGCAAACUUCUUAUCAUUCUGAGUGUUUGUAUUUAAUGCACAUAGAUAAGACGCAUAUAACAUAUACAAUAAUAUCAAAACUCUCAUCAAAUUGGCAAAAAAAAAGCGAAUAAUUUGCUUUCAGCAAUACACACACUUUACAUACAUAUGAAUUUCUCUACAAAUAGGACAAAUUUAUGACAAAGCUUUCAGUCGAAAUUUAGCACAGGUGGUGGCCAGAUGUGAUUUUAGUUCAAAAUUAUAUACAUAGACAUAUAUUUGAAAUGAGUGAAAAAAUCGUCCUCUACGGCUUCGAAAGGAGUCCACCGGUACGCGCCGUUUUACUGACACUGAACGCUUUGAAUUUGAAAUUCGAACAAAUAACGGUGGAUACACAUAAAGGUGAACAAUAUUCUGAGGAGUACUUGAAAAAGAAUCCAGCGCAUACAAUUCCAUUACUUGAAAUUGAUGGCAAAUAUAUAUCUGAUUCUCACGCCAUCAUUGCCUUCUUAGCUAGCAAAUAUGGCAAAGACGAUUCGCUCUAUCCAAAGGAUUUAUAUCAACGCGCCAUUGUCGAUCAACGUUUGCACUAUGAGACUGGUGUUGUCUUUCAAGAAGUAAUGAAACAACGUUUGCGUCCAUUAUUUUUAUGUGAACUGCCACAAGCAGCGGCUGAUGAAGCAAUUAAAGCCGUUUGCGAUGUAUAUACUGUGCUGGAGACUUAUCUCAACCAAAAUAAAUAUAUGGCUGCUGAUCAUUUAACCAUAGCUGAUCUCAGUCUCCUAUCAACGGUUACUGUUAUGGAUUUAGUUGUGCCUGUGGUGGCGGAAAAGUGGCCAAAAUUGUCAGCGUGGUUGGUGAAAUUGAAGCAGUUGCCAUAUUAUGAGAAAGCAAACACCAAAGGUUUGAAAGAACUGGAGGAAGCCUUUAAGCCGGCAUUGGCGAAGUAUAAGAUAUAAGAUAUAAGAAAUAGAUAAUAUUUACACAUUGUAUACUAAAAUAUGUACAUUGUUUUAAGAAAUCUUCUUUUACAUCAAAAAUCAAAUAAUUUUACCGAUCUGACUUUUACUUUAUA